CUUGUUGGACUGGUAGAACUAGAGAGGCGAAGGGUGACAAAUGAUGGACGUGUGAAGCUUAAAUUGUCACUGUUGGGUGUGAAUGUACAGAAGUGCACUAUCUGCUUGUCUCGGUUUAAAAGUGGGGACCAUGGCGUGUUGGGAGCAAAGUGUCGCCAUGCGUUCCACAAGAGAUGUCUUAUUCCAUGGCUGGCCAGGAACCAGACCUGUCCGUUGUGCAGGGAACAUUUGGACGUUCAGAACUGA